AUGAAGAUUAGAGGGAUGGAUUAUGAGACUGAGGAAAGCAAUGAGUGCUUGCUACUUGAUCAAGAAGACAAAUCAAUUUUUAGAAUGAGCAUGACUUUAGAUUUCCUCUUAAAAUACAUUUCACAAGCAAUUGUAGUGUCCUGUCGGAACCUGGCCUUUAAAGCAUAG